GUUUAUGUAACAACUUCAGUAGGUCCUUGAUGAUCGGCGAAGGCGGCUUCGGUGGCGUGUUCCGCGGCACCAUCCAAAGCCCCGAAGACUCUCGUCGUAGAAAGAUCGAAAUCGCGGUUAAACAGCUCAGCAGAAGAGGGUUACAGGGGCAUAAAGAAUGGGUGACGGAAGUGAACGUGUUAGGAGUAGUUGAGCAUCCGAAUCUCGUGAAGCUGAUCAGUUACUGCGCUGAGGAUGAUGAGAGAGGGAUCCAACGGCUGCUUGUUUACGAAUACGUGCCGAACAGAAGCGUUCAAGACCAUUUAUCUAACCGUUUUGUACUCACCCCUCUCCCUUGGUCGACAAGAAUGAAGAUUGCUAUAGACACCGCUCGUGGACUCUCCUUAUCUUCAUCACGGCUUGGAGUUUCAGGUCUCUUUCUCCUUUUAAAUUAA